GGUUAGUAAAAAAAAAUUGUAUUAAUUAAAAUGGAAUUCGAAAAAAAGAUGUUAACGGGGUAAUUGAGAGCUGGGUUGCCACACCAACUUUCCAAUCAUAUAAAGGCGCUCAUUCGUUUCGGUUAUUACCGGCGACAAUUUUUCGGGAUCCAUCAAUGUCGUUAUUGGCGGCCAGCGGCGGCGACACCGUCAAACUAUUCGACGCCUCCGAUAAGCUAUUCGACUCAUCCGUCAAACCCGGUGAUCCUUGUACCCUUAGUUUUACCCCUUCUCCUGGUUUUCAAGUCAAUUCAGUCAAGUGGAAUCACACAAAUUUGGUUGUUGCAAGUGCUGGAGAUGAUAAGAGGAUCUCUUUGUGGCGUAAGAAUGGACAUAGUAUGGGGACUAUUCCUGUUGCCGGUACUGAUAGUAUUGACAAUAUUGAGGAGUCAAUACUGGCUAUCAGUUUCAGCAACAAGGCAUCCAGAUAUAUAUGUUCUGGAGGAAGCGAUCAAGUUGUAAAGAUAUGGGAUUUGCAAAGAAAGCGAUGUAUUAAAUGGCUAAAAGGUCACACUAAUACUGUCACAGGUGUAAUGUACAAUUGUAAAGAUGAACAUUUGGCUUCUAUCAGCCUCAGCGGGGACCUUAUACUUCAUAACCUUGCUUCUGGGCAAAGGGCAGCUGAACUCAAAGACCCCAAUCAACAGAUUUUGAGAGUUCUUGAUUAUUCUCGGGUUAGUCGUCACCUUCUGGUGACAGCUGGUGAUGAUGGGACGGUGCAUUUGUGGGACACAACUGGACGCAGCCCUAAGGUUUCAUGGAUGAAGCAACAUUCUGCACCAACUGCUGGCAUUAGCUUCUCUCCAUCCAACGACAAGAUCAUUGCUAGUGUUGGCCUUGAUAAAAAAUUAUACACAUAUGACUCUGGAUCAAGAAGACCGACAUCUUGCAUUUCUUGUGAAGCUCCUUUUUCUUCAUUGGCCUUCAGAGACGAUGGUUGGUUGCUGGCCGCCGGAACUAGCAAUGGGCGCGUGGCUUUCUACGAUGUUCGUGGAAAACCACAACCUUUUGGUGUUCUUCACGCAUAUGGUAGUUCAGAGGCUGUUACAAGCUUAUGCUGGCAAAGAUCAAAACCAGUUAUUGUUGAUGAGAGGAAUUGUACUGCUGAGACUGCUCUUGUGGGAGAUGCUAUUGAAGAUUCAAUCCUUAUGCCUGAUCCUUUACCUUCUGCAACUUCAUCAAGCAUUUCCCAAUCUACAUCAGUGUCUGGUACUAGGAAUUCUGGUCGGCUGAGUGCUUCCAUUGAUACAUCUUUGCUUGCAACAUCCAGCGGUGGAUUUACAUCAAACCUACCAAAUGUGUCUACUGGAGAGGAAACACCACACCGAAACCAUUUAUGGCCAGGUGGAACACUAUCCAGGUUGCAUGCUCCACGUGGUAGUUAUAACUUCAAGGAUGACAUGGAGGUAUUCUCCCCUCUUGUGGAUGUUCCACCAAUAACACCUUCUCUGUGGGAUGAAAAUGGGGCAAAGAAGGAUAAUUUAUUUUCAGAUAGGAAACCUAUGUUGUUUCCAUCAUCCAGUCGAAGAUUUCCAAGUUCAGAAGAAGUAAUCAGUGAUCAUCCAAUAUCUGAUUGGAAGUCUGGCUCAACUGCCAAGCAGGAUAUCACUCAAUCUUCCUUUCCACUUGUUGGAUUAACUCCUCCUCCAUCUACAAAGAGUGAAGAGUCGUCCAUCACUCCUCCAGAAGCUUGGGGUGGUGAGAAGUUAGCUGAUAAAUAUACUUACAUACGUCCGGCUGUAAAUGCACCGUCUCGUUUUGGUAUGUUGGCUUCCAGUGGUCAGACAGCAGGAUCAAUGCUUUCUGGAUUGCAGGAUACAUCGUCAUCAUCUAGUAUCAGUUCCUAUACCAGUUCAAGCCUAAAUUUUUCCAAUUUACGCACCAAAGAUGUUUCUACAAGCCAGGAGACUUCACUGGGAUUUACUGAUCACAUGUUCUCUACUUCCUUGCCUUUGUCCAUCAGUACAAAAAGCAGCCUUGUACAGGCAAAUGUUGAAUCCCCAAGAAUAUCUGAUUCUCCUAGAAUGUCAUCUUUUUCUCGAAGAAUUUCAAGUUAUGCAGAAAGAAUAAGCACAGCACCUUCCUUUGGUGAUGGAGUAUCUCUUUCAGUUGGUUCACCUAAGAUUAAGAAAUCAGGAGCAGAAACCAGAGAAGAACUUCUAAAUAGCUUGCUGUUGAAGUCCGAUAUAUCAACUGGAACAGAAUCCGGUUCUCUACCACUGACAAAUGGAAUAAUAUCACAACAGAAAGCAUCUCAGUCAGAUGCACAAGGAUCUUCAUUUACACUUCAGCUUUUUCAACGGACACUGGAAGAAACUCUAGAUUCCUUUCAGAAAUCCAUACACGAGGAUGUGAGAAACGUUCAUCUUGAAAUAUUAAGUCAGUUUCAUCUGCAAGAGGUAUGCAUCUCGAAUAAGUGUAGGUCGUUUGCAUUUUUCAUUUCUUCUCUAAUUAAUUGUCUCGUUCAACAGAUGGCAAUGGCAACCGUGAUGAACUCAAUUCUAGAAAACCAAGCGGAGUUGAUGAAAGAAGUGAAGUCUCUUCGUAAGGAAAACGAACAGCUUAGACAAUUGCUUUGACGGUUGUGAAUAAGCUCGCAACAUUUUUCUUUGACAAGAGUGUAUUUAUCGCGUGGGAUCUGUUGUAUCUUUUACAGACUAGAAAUUUCUGUGAUUUGUUAUAGGUGAUUGUAUCUCAUCUUUUAAAUGUUGGUAGUUGGAAAAGAAAAAUUACUAGUAAAUUGCUUAUUACUCGAAUAGGUUUUGAAAGUGUAUAGAGGUGAUGAUUUUCUAAUUAUGGAAGCUAUUUGUUGUGUGAUCUA